CGGUUCUCGUUAUAAAAGACAGUCGUCAAAGCGGAGCUAAUACAGUCUAUUGAAUAUUCCUACGCACAUGAGAUAGAAAAGAUUUUGUUGAGCAACGUUCAAGGACAACGUGUACCGAAGAGAAUAUUUACAGCUAAGGUCAAAAACGAAGACCAAAUAUCUGGAAGACUACUAUUGGAGAGAUUGAUUCAAGAUUUUCAAUAUCGCUAGGACAACUACAAAUCAUAUGUGGACAUUUUUUGACAAGUCUAUAACAAUGAAGUCAAGAUUACAAAGUCUCCGGACGAAGAAACAUAAAUAUAGCUGGGACGUACUUUCUCUACCUCAGUCAGUUUUCAAAGUUGUAAUCCUUGGAGCUGGUGGAGUUGGGAAAACUUCACUGGUUAUGCGAUUUGUGAGAGACUAUUUUCCACAGAAAUAUAUUCCAACAGUCGAAGAUGUUUAUGAAAAAACAGUUACCUUGAAUAAAGAUUUUGGAGCCUUUUUCGAAAUCAUGGACACUGCGGGAUCUUAUCAGUUCCCCGCUAUGAAAAGACUAACUAUGGAACACGGUAACGCUUUUGUCUUAGUUUACUCACUAGAUGACGAAAGCUCCCUACAAGAAGCACUUCGCAUUCAGAAAGAAAUUAUUGAAAUCAAAGGAACGACAAAUGUACCUAUACUUCUCGUUGGAAAUAAGACUGACUUAGUUAACCAAGAAGUUUUAGACAAAACAAGAGCCCAGGUAGCUGAACUUGUAGAAGGUCAAAAUAUUAUGGCAUCGGAAACAUCGGCCAAGUUCGGAGUUAACGUGAGUGGAGUUUUCUAUGCUCUUCUUGGACAAAUAGCUGUUGUGAAUAAAGUAGAUAAGAUCUUAAAAAGAGAUUGCUUGACUCAACCAAUGAGGUUAUAGCCAAAAGAGAACUAGACGUACAAGUACUCGGAACAUUUUACAACUGUUUACAGAGGGAAUUUAGUAACGCAAAGCUUUUAUUUUAUCCAAAAGAAAUUAUUUACUUUUUAUUGUAUAUAACAAAUCCCAGAUAUGAGUAUUUAUUGAAAUUUAAUGUUUGCUUUUGUAUAUAACGACUAAUAAAUUAUUUUAAAAUG